AUGCUGGUCAGAAACGUAUCGCUAUGUAUAUUCACUCUCGCUAGCAUGGCGUGGGCUCAUCAUGGUCAUGAGCAUGGUGACAAUCAUCAGCAAUCUCAGUCCAUGGUGACAUUGGUCCACUAUUUGAAGAAUCAUUUCUUUGUUUAUGAUUCUCGAUUGAAUUCAAUGCUAGCAUCUGCGUUUAUCCAGAUCAUUCCAUACAUGCUAAUUAUCUCAAUGCCUAUGCUUCAUGGUAAUGCUCGCUCGAUCUCUCUGUUCGUCGCUUUUGCAUUAGGUACUCUACUAGGUGAUAUUUUUUUACAUAUUAUACCUGAAUCAGAUCCUACUCUUUUAGGAAAUGGCCUAUUUAUGGGAUUUAUGUCAUUCCUCACUUUGGAUAAAAUUUCACAUAUAAUGUCAUCCAAUAUUCAUUCUCACUCUCAUUCUCACUCUCAUUCACAUUCGCAUGGUUCAACUUCAUCGUCGUCUGUUUAUUUAAAUCUAAUCACUUCUUUGAUCCAUAAUGUCACAGACGGCAUUACUCUCGCGACAUCGUUCUAUAAUAAUACCACGAUAGGUGUGAUCACUACAUUAGCCAUAUUGGCGCAUGAAGUGCCCCACAAGAUCACUGACUUUGUCAUUUUCAAGAAAUCAGGAUUCAGUAAUUUCAAAACCUACAAAUCCCUAUCCGUCAAUUCUCUAGGCAGCAUAUUCGGCACCAUGAUCGGAUGUCUAAUCAACGAAGGCAUCCUAAAUCAAUUCAAUGACGAAUUUCUACUACCAUUUAGUGCUGGUGGAUUCAUAUAUUUGAGUGCCGUUACUAUUGUACCCGAUUUAUUGGAAUCCGGUGAUGAGCACAAUUCCAAAUUUCAAGAACUUCUCAAUUGGAUCUUACAAAUGGCAUGCAUCGUUGCAGGAUUCCAAUUGAUGGCCUUAAUGGCAGAAUAG